AUGCAUCCAGCCUCUCCCUUCUUCAGACUUCGCGACGGUAGCCACAGGCUUACCGGUACGGCACCUACAGCCCAAACCCGCGGGCUCGCCAUCCCCUCAGCACCCCAACCCAACGAGAAGGGAAAAAAGAAGAAAAAAAAGAACCCGCGUCCCAAGAACACGGCGUUUCCAGCAGCGGGAAGAGUAGCAAUGGCCGCUUGUCGCGAACCAUGUGCUGUAUACGGUAGGCUGGCAUUUUCCUGCCGCGGUGCCGGGUAA